CACUUAGCGCUCUCCUCCGUGUGUGCAGCAUCUUGUGAUCCUCCUGAGCGAAAUUCAUCAUGUCUAUUCUCAAGAUCCAUGCCAGAGAGAUCUUUGACUCUCGUGGAAAUCCCACGGUUGAGGUUGACCUCUACACCUCAAAAGGUCUCUUCCGAGCUGCUGUGCUCAGCGGUGCCUCAACUGGUAUCUAUGAGGCCCUGGAGCUCCGAGACAACGACAAGACGCGCUACAUGGGGAAGGGUGUCUCAAAGGCUGUUGAGCACAUCAAUAAAACUAUUGCACCUGCCCUGAUUAGCAAGAAACUGGGUGUUGUGGAACAGGAGAAGAUUGACAAGUUGAUGAUCGAGAUGGAUGGCACUGAAAAUAAAUCCAAGUUUGGUGCGAAUGCCAUCCUGGGUGUGUCCCUUGCUGUGUGCAAAGCUGGCGCUGUGGAGAAGGGGGUCCCCCUGUACCGCCACAUUGCUGACUUGGCUGGCAACCCUGACGUCAUCCUGCCAGUGCCGGCUUUCAAUGUGAUCAAUGGGGGUUCUCAUGCCAGGAACAAGCUGGCCAUGCAGGAGUUCAUGAUCCUCCCCGUGGGUGCAUCCAGCUUCCAGGAGGCCAUGCGCAUUGGAGCAGAGGUUUACCACAACCUGAAGAACGUCAUCAAGGACAAAUAUGGGAAAGACGCCACCAAUGUGGGUGACGAAGGAGGGUUUGCACCUGACCUCCCGGAGAAUGAAGGAGCCCUGGAACUGCUGAAGAACGCAAUUGGGAAGGCUGGCUACACUGACAAAGUGGUCAUUGGCAUGGACGUGGCUGCCUCUGAGUUCUUCAGGUCCGGCAAGUAUGACCUGGACUUCAAGUCUCCUGACGAUGCCAGCAGGUACAUCACGCCUGACCAACUGGCUGACCUGUACAAGUCCUUCAUCAAAGACUACCCAGUGGUGUCCAUUGAAGACCCCUUUGACCAGGAUGACUGGGAAGCUUGGCAGAAGUUUACAGCGAGUGCGGGUAUCCAGGUAGUGGGGGAUGAUCUCACGGUGACCAACCCAAAACGGAUUGCUAAGGCUGUCGGUGAGAAGUCCUGCAACUGCCUCCUGCUCAAAGUGAACCAGAUUGGCUCUGUGACAGAGUCUCUGCAGGUGUGCAAGCUGGCACAGUCCAAUGGUUGGGGUGUCAUGGUGUCCCACCGCUCUGGGGAAACUGAGGAUACCUUCAUUGCUGACCUGGUUGUGGGCCUCUGCACUGGGCAGAUCAAGACUGGUGCACCUUGUCGAUCUGAGCGCCUGGCCAAGUACAACCAGCUGCUCAGGAUUGAGGAGGAACUGGGCAGCAAAGCUAAGUUUGCCGGCAGGGCCUUCAGAAACCCCCUGGCCAAGUAAGCGGAGGACAGACGAGCCCUGGAGCCCUCAGUCAACACCAGCUGCUUAGACCCUGCCCUUGAUGUCAGCAACCCGCCUCCAGGCCCGUUCUUGUUGUGCUGGGCUUCUGUAGUUAGCUCCUGCCACCGCUUCCUUAGAGCGCCGAAGCUGCCCCUGACCACACGGGAGCCCUGUCAGAUACCCCGGCUCUGUAAUCAUGUGAUUGGUCCAAGACAUUGUCACCUCUCUUCCCACCCACUGUCUGGAGCCCUCAUGCCUCCAGUGUAAUCUCCAGGGUGGCCACAGGCAAGACCCCCCGGUGGUUUUAUGCACAAAAUAAAAGCCUCAGUGACCCA